AUGAAGGUCAUUGCACCUUCCCGAGCACCUCGCGAUGGCAACAUCUCAUCCGACAUUUUCAAAGCUUGGACACCUCAGUCCGUUUUAUUUUCGUUGCCGCAACUAUCCUUUGAACGACGCAGUAAGGCCUAUGCUGAGAUUGAAUCGCAAAUCGGCGAAGUGCAGGGUUUUCGACAUAUUAGCGCAUAUAAUGUCCGUUCUCGCCGAGAUAUGCUGAUCGAAGCAAAAUUCGUCAGCCCAGACCAUGCCACGAAGGCCAUUGAGGAGGGUAUCACUGUGAAUGAGAUCAUCUACAAAGCAUCCCCCACUGUAUCUGGCUCAGAAAACCCUUUGAUUCGAGUACAGCUCAGCCUACUCCACAUCGACAGUGACCAAGCCAUCCGAGAUGAUUUGCUUUCAUCACUCAGCUAUUAUGGCAUGGUUCUGAGUGGUCCCCACGUUGGCUACUAG